CCGUGCAGGUGGAAGCCCUCGGCGCCGCCCGCGGGCUGCUCGGUGCUGGCGCCCACCCCCAUGGCAGAGGCCCGGCUCCCGCGCCAGGGUCCAGAACCGCGGGGCGGACCCAGCCACACACUAGCGCCGGCGAGCCCGCUCGGCGCUCGAUUACCAGCGCCUUGUCACGUGGGCGCCUCGCUACUCCCGCCCCUGACUCUGACGCCCUUAACAACCGGCCAGCAGCUCCGUUUCCAAGGACGCGCGCGCCUCCAGCUUCCGGCAGCGAGAGGCGUGCCCAGGACCCUGACUCGGGAAUCGAGCCUCGCGCGGCCCCACCAGACCGGCUCUCGGAGCCGCGAGAGCCCGGAGAUGAGCAGCAAUGACUCCUCCCUUAUGGCUGGGAUCAUUUAUUACAGCCAGGAAAAGUACUUCCGCCAUGUGCAGCAGGCUGCAGCCGUGGGCCUGGAAAAAUUCAGCAACGACUCUGUGCUGCAGUUCUUUAAAGCCUAUGGAGUCUUCCGGGAAGAGCGCAUCCAGGAUGCCAUCAGCAACCUGGAGAGCAUCCGAAGUCACCCAGACGUGUCCCUGUGCUCCACCAUGGCCCUCAUUUAUGCUCACAAGAGCUGCGAAACCAUCGACCAAGAAGCGAUUCAGGAGCUCCAGAGCAGCCUGAAGGAAACCCGCAAGAAGGCCAGCGGGACUGCCCUGUACUAUGCCAGCCUUUUCCUCUGGCUCAUGGGCCACCAUGACAGGGCCAGGGAGUACAUCGACUGCGUGCUGAGGCUCUCCAGCACCUCCAGCGAGGCCUAUGUGCUGAGAGGCUGGGUGGACCUUACCUCAGACAAGCCCCACACUGUGAAGAAGUCUAUCAAGUACCUGGAACAGGGGACUCAGGAUGCCCAAGAUGUGCUGGGGCUGAUGGGAAAGGCAACAUACUACAUGACGCAGCAGAACUACUCAGGGGCCCUGGAGGUGGUGAACCAGAUCACGGUGGCCUCGGGGGGCUUCCUGCCCGCCUUGGUCCUGAAGAUGCGGCUGUUCUUGGCUCGGCAGGACUGGGAGCAGACGAUAGAAAUAGGACUCAGAAUCCUAGAAAAAGACAAAAGCAAUAUUGAUGCCUGCCAAAUUCUAGCUAUGCAUGAGCUUGCAAGAGAAGGAAACAUGACCACAGCUGCCGAUCACGUUAGAAAUCUGAUUAAGGCGCUUGAGAUAAGAGAGCCCCAAAAUCCAAGCCUCCAUCUUAAAAAAAUUCUUGUGGUUAGCAGACUGUGUGGGAGGAACCAGGUGAUUCUACGGCUAGUGUGUAGCUUCAUCGAGCGCACCUUCAUGGCGACGCCCCUCUAUGCCCACAUGGCCACAGAACUGGGCUAUCUCUUCAUCCUGCAGGACCAAGUAAAGGAGGCGUCUCUGUGGUACUCGGAGGCCAUGAAACUGGAUGACAGCAGUGUAGCUGCCUUGACAGGGAGCAUCUGGUGCCAGAUCUUAGACGGCCACCUGCAGGAGGCUGAGCACCAGCUGGAAUUCCUGAAGGAGGUGCAGCAGUCCCUGGGGAAGUCUGAGGUGCUGGUGUUCCUCCAAGCCCUUCUGGCGUCCAGGAAGCACAAGGGGGAGCAGGAGGCCACGGCGCUGCUCAAGGAGGCUGUGGAGCUGCACUUCUCCAGCAUGCAGGGCCUCCCCCUGGGCGCCGAGUACUUCGAAAAGCUGGACCCCCUCUUCCUGGUCUGCAUCGCCAGGGAGUACCUGUUCUUCUGCCCCAAGCAGCCCCGGUCACCGGGCCAGAUCCUGUCUCCACUUCUUAAACAAGUCACUGUGAUCUUGAAUCCUGUUGUGAAGGCAGCACCAGCUCUGCUUGAUCCGCUGUAUGUCAUGGCUCAGGUCAAGUAUCUCUCAGGAGAGUUAGAGAAUGCUCAGAGCACCCUGCAGCGUUGCCUGGAGCUGGACCCCACCUCCGCGGACGCCCACCUCCUCAUGUCCCAGAUCUACCUGGCUCAGGGCAACUUUUCCAUGUGCUCCCACUGCUUGGAGCUGGGUGUCAGCCACAACUUCCAGGUCCGAGACCACCCCCUCUACCACUUCAUCAAGGCCAGAGCUCUCAACAAGUCUGGGGACUACCCAGAAGCCAUAAAGACACUGCAAAUGAUUAUAAAAUUGCCAACUCUGAGGAUGGAAGAAAGCAAGAAGCUCCGCGGGCCCUCCAUGCAGCCCAGCGAGCGGGUAUCCAUCUUACUGGAACUGGUAGAUGCCCUCCGGAUGAAUGGGGAGCUGCACGAGGCCACCAAGGUCAUGCAGGAUGCCAUCAACGAGUUCAGUGGCACGCCGGAGGAGAUCCGCAUUACCAUUGCCAAUGUGGACCUGGCCCUGAGCAAGGGGAACGUGGACAUGGCACUGAGCGUGCUGAGGAACAUCACGCCCCAGCAGCCCUGCUACACAGAAGCCAAGGAGAAGAUGGCCAGCAUCUACCUGCACACCCGCAAAGACAGCCGCCUCUAUAUCGGAUGCUACCGGGAGCUCUGUGAACAUCUGCCUGGCCCCCACACCAGCCUGCUAUUGGGCGAUGCUUUCAUAAACAUUCAGGAGCCCGAGAAGGCCCUGGAGGUCUAUGACGAGGCCUACAGAAAGAACCCACAUGAUGCCUCCCUGGUCAGUAGGAUUGGGCAAGCUUACGUGAAGACGCACCAGUACCUCAAGGCAAUGAAUUAUUACGAGGCUGCCCAGAAGAUAAGUGGACAGGACUUUCUGUGCUGUGAUCUGGCUGAACUGCUCCUGAAGUUAAAGAAGUUCAUCAAAGCAGAAAAAGUUUUGACGCAGGCACUGGAGCAUGACUUUGUCAAAGACAUCCCGUCCAUGAUGAAUGAUGUCAAGUGCUUACUUUUGCUGGCAAAGGUUUACAAGAGCCAUAAAAAACAAGAUGUGCUGGAAACUUUGAACAAGGCCAGGGACCUUCAGUCUCGGAUACUGAAGCGUGUUCCCAUGGAGCAACCAGAAAUGAUCGCCUCCCAGAAACAACUGGCAGCCUCCAUCUGCAUCCAGUUUGGGGAGCACUACCUGGAGGAGAAGGACUAUGCCAAGGCAGUGCGGUCUUACAAGGAUGCCCUCUCCUACUCACCCACUGACAAUAAGGUGAUGCUGGAGCUGGCACAGCUCUACUUGCUCCAGGGGCACCUGGAUUUGUGCGAACAGCACUGUGCCAUCCUCCUACAGACCGAGAAGAACCAUGAGAUCGCCUCCAUGAUGAUGGCUGACCUGAUGUUUAGAAAACAGGAAUACGAAGCUGCCGUCCAUCUCUACCACCAAAUCCUGGAGAAAGCGCCAGAUAAUUUCCGCAUAUUGAAUAAACUCAUCGAUCUGCUACGAAGAAGUGGCAAACUUGAAGAUGCCCCUGCCUACUUUGAAUUGGCCAAGAAGCUGUCCAGCCGAGUGCUUUUGGAGCCAGGGUUCAAUUACUGCACAGGCAUCUACUGCUGGCACAUAGGGCACCCCAAGGAAGCCAUGAAGUUCCUAAACAAAGCUCGCAAGGACAGCACUUGGGGCCAGAGCGCCACCUACUACAUGGUGCAGAUCUGUCUGAACCCAGACAACGAGAUCGUGGGCGGAAAGGCAUUCGAGAACCUGGUGUCUGAGAGCAACUCCCCUGGUAGGAAGGAGUCGGAGCAGCAGGAGGGCGUGCGGACCGCGGAGAAGCUGCUGCUCGAGUUCUACCCACACACCGCCUGGGGCCAGACCCAGCUGCAGCUGCUACAAGGCCUCUGCCUGCUGGCCACCCGAGAGAAGGCGAACGUGGAGGCCGCGCUGGGCACCUUCAUCAACAUGGCCCAGGCCGAGAAGGACAGCGUCCCCGCGCUGCUGGCCGUGGCGCAGGCCUACAUGCUGCUGAAGCAGAUCCCUAAGGCGCGCACGCAGUUGAAGCGUCUGGCCAAGGCCCCAUGGGCGCUGGCUGAGGCCGAGGACCUGGAGAAAAGCUGGCUCCUGCUGGCCGACAUCUACUGUCAGGGCGGCAAGUUCGACCUCGCCACCGAGCUUCUGCGGCGCUGCGUGCAGUACAACAAGUCCUGCUGCAAGGCCUAUGAAUACAUGGGCUUCAUCAUGGAGAAGGAGCAGUCCUACAAGGACGCCGCCACCAACUACGAACUGGCCUGGAAGUACAGUCACCAUGCCAACCCUGCCAUUGGCUUCAAGCUAGCUUUCAACUACUUGAAGGACAAGAGAUUCGUGGAGGCCAUUGACGUCUGCCACCAUGUCCUAGGGGAGCACCCCAACUACCCCAAAAUCAGAGAAGAAAUUUUGGAGAAGGCCCAAGGGUCUCUGAGGCCCUAGCUGUGGUUAAAGACGAGUGGCUCCAGACAGGAGGACCCGCUGCACAAGGUCCCCAGAGCUGAGGCGCUGUGUGACAGACACCAUCAUCCUGCAGGCCACAAGGGUCAUUGGGCCACUCUGUCCCAUGCAUUCUGCACCCUCCUCUCCAAGUCUUCAGCUGGCCCCUGCCAGUCCUCACGGGUUUGGGAGAAACCUGAUUUCCCUGGCCUGGUGCACGGGGAUGCGUCCCAAGAAAAAUUAGUUCCCACUUCAGCUUUUGUGAAAGGCACUGGCCAACUCACGAAUUCAUCCUCCAGAAAGCCUCUUAACACCUAAGGGGACAAAAGCAGUGGUCCCUAUUUAGAUGCAUAAUGUUAACUGUAACUGGCAAGAGGGUGACAGAGGUCACCUUUGCUGUGCUCCCCAUGCCUCUCUUCCUGUUUUUCAGGAUGGCAAUAAUGGGCCAGCCUGACCUCAGGGGAAGGAACUAUAAACUGGGAGUCAGGAGAUCUAGCAUCUCCCUGUGUGACCUUCCCAAGACCUUUCCUUCCCCUUGCUAGGGCUCAGUGCCCCCAUCUGUGACAAGAAAUUAGAUGACAUCUGUGUGUUCCCAAAUCAUGGUACAAAUCCCUGCCAGUGAUGUUCAGCAAACAUGGUGAAGUUGAAUAAUUUUGUGUUUAAAUAUUUUUACAUGAUGGGGAAAAAUAGCACAACAAACUCAUGAAUCGUGGGUGUUGUUACACAGAGUGGCUCUAACUUUUAAGCAUAUUGAUAUAAUUGAUAUAAAGUAAAAUACUUAGUAUCAGUAGAAUGCA